UAACUCAGCCUCCAUAGGUUUUUCUACCUCAGAUACAUAGGUCGGGGGCAUUCCAUUUCAUCCAUGCGUAGCUCAUCAAAAAGAGUACCCACAGAAGCAAUGUACGUUGUGAGCUGUAUCCAGUUGUUUGUUGUUAUGAAACGUAGGUAAAAAUAAUAUGAUUAAUAAGAUUUUUACCCCGUUGUCCGAAGAUACAUAAUAAACUGAAUGUACCCUGCCCAUUAAGGACAAAGCAAUUGGAGAGUCCUCAGUCGGUAUUGGCUGUAUUCGAAAAAAAGAGCGUUAGUUUCGAUAGAUUUGCCGCAUAAUUGAGUUCAUCGGUGGAGUAAUUCUUUUUUUAUGAACUGUGGAUAUUAGUUGAAGUACUGCGUAUUCUUGGCAGAUUUUUGAGAGUGAUUCUUGUGAUUUUGUGGGGACAAUAACUGUGACAAUGUAUUUACCAAUGCUUUGGGUUUUAAUGGCUUGGUUAGGAUGCUGUUUUGGAUACGUAAUAAUCCAACCACCAGCUCAGUACUACGACUACCAGAACCAACCAGCCUACCAAUGGGAAGCUGCUCCAUAUCAACCUUAUAGCUAUCAACCUAGCUAUUACGAUAGCUACUAUUACAACUACCCCAGUACAUUCGCUUCUUCAGAAUACUAUAGCUCCUAUCCUGAUCAAACUGGUAACUACAACAGUUACUACUACUAUUACCCUAGUGCCUUUGAAUAUCCCUCGUCCCACAAAUCGUAUCCUCGAAAACCAGAUCUGAAGCACUGCCCAUCAUACAAUGAAGGCCAAAAGCUCUUGCAAGUGUACCGUCUCAUUCGGGUGAUUGAGCUAUUUCGGACGCCACCUUCCAAGGAAAAGAAGAUGACCUCACUGGACAGGCUAGUACAACGGUUAACCGAACAAUCUCUCCAGGACCAACUCGUUGAACUGGUUUGCCACGUCGAUGGCUACGAGGAGGUUGCUGCACUGGAUCGCGGUCCACCGGGAAUCAAGUUGGACAUGUUCGUCGACGACAUCGCUCGGCUAUUGCGGGCAAUCCAACGGGCGCUGAAUGCGUUGGAUCUGGAUAGCUAUGGCGGCUAUCACCAUGGGUGCUGUGAACAGCACAAAGAGCUCUGCAAGGAGCUUCGGCACCUCAGAGAUCAAGCAAAUGCGUUGACCGUGGCUCAAAUCAAGAGCGAAAUGGUCGAACAUAUUAAGGCCAAGGUAAAGGAGGCUUUUGAUACGGACAUUCUGGAGGAUUUGGAUGAAGACUUGGAGAGUAGAUUGCUGGAACUGGACAACAUGGACUUGGACUUGUCAGCGAUGGAAAAGGCGCAGGUAUACAAUGUUCAGGGAAGUCCGUGGGAGGCUUUGAUGUCGGCUCCGGAGCUAACUCUGGAGCAACACACAAUCAUUAAAGUGCAUCCCACGCAGGAGAAACACGAGGAAGAGACCGUGAAAUAUCCACCUCAUGAAUAUAUUGUAAGCAGUACGACGAACACCCCGGUAAUCGUUUCGAAAGCACCGGCCACAGCUGAAGACAUCAAGGCGUCCCUGUUAGGUUCCUUGGGUGAGAAGUUGAACUCAUUACCUAGUGGUCAUCACGCGGCCGGGAUUAAGCAUCCGGUGACGCACGAGAAGCCAGUUGUGGAGGAGAGCACCAAGCUAUAUGUACCAAUUGUGGUCAAGAAGCCGGACGACGUUGUUCAUCAUUUUGACGAACCGACCAGUGUCGAAAAUGCCAAUUUCAUCUCUACGUGGGCUCAUUCAGUGCCAUUGUGGUUGACGAAGGAUCCGGAGUCACAGAAAGGUCACUACAAAGAUGUGGUCGAUAAUGCAGCUCACGAGGCUGAACAGAUUGCAGUAAGCGAGGCCGCUCUUCAGGUAGAACAAGUCGAAGAUCCUUUAGCCAGUUACAAUAUGUUGGCAAACUUGAUCGAUGAGCUGCAGAAAUCCACAUCAAGUCCGAUCUUCGAUGGUCAACAAGCACACCAUCACCAUCAUCAGAAUGCGAUAGUUGAUACAGCAGCAAUACCCAAUAAGCAUACCUCAUCAAGCUCACUGAACGUCCACAAAGUAAAUGCGGACCAUGCUCCAUCCGAAUUCCCGAAGGGAAGCCCCAGCGUCCACCCCGUUCACGCUGAAGAGAGCCAUCACUCCAGGAACGACGACUUGAUCUCGACUCUGCAGAACAUCAUAGGAGAGCAGAUGAUCAGCAACGAAAAUCUGGUAAAGGAGGAAAACAAAGUAUCGCCACUGCCCGGUACCGAGUUCAUAACCGGUACUACGUCGUCCACUACAGUUCAACCCGCUGUAACCGUAGCGGUAAGGAAUUCAUGGCUUGGUUCCCUGUUGGGAAACGGUUACCUCUUGACUACUGAGGCCUACCAACCGGUGGAACUGGUAGAACCGGUGACAGAGGGAGACAACCAGCAGGGUGAUAGGGUUGUAUUGGCCGUGGAGAAUAUCGUGGACGCCAAUUCAGCCCAUGAUCCGGAAAGCACGGACAAUAGAACCAGUGCGGUAGCAGCAGUUUAUCAGUCGGUUGCGUCAUGGCUCAGGAAGAACCCCGAGCAGCGAACACUUGAAGACGAAGAAAUCGUGAAAGAUACAGUUGAGGAAGUUGAAGAAACCCCUGGGGAGCAUCCGAGCAAUGAGCACAAAUCUCAGCUAGUCGAAGAAGACCCAGUGCCUAACACAGUGAUUCCAACCAUUUUAAUUUCAGUAGAAGAAUCGGACAAGCUUGACUCCGUCAGCUCGACUGAACGUAAAGUGGAUGAUGAGCAAGACACACCGGACAUAGAGUUUUCAACCAAACCGACAAUUUCUUCAAUCUCGUUUAACGGUUCAGAAGAGCACUCGGAACGUGUUCCAGUGAAAUCCAGGGAGGGAGAGCUUACGAUUCCAGUUGAAACAGCUGAGGUGAUUGCAGUCGAUGAGACAACGCUCCAGUCAACAAACGAAGAAGUUGUUGAACUUCUAACCACCGAUGAGCUGGAAGAGGCUUCACUGAUAGCUACUGCCAAUCAGAACAUUUUGACAAACUCUUCAAACGUUCACAAAGCGACUACGGAAGGUACGUCAUCUGUAUCUUCGGAAGAUCAAACUACCGGUUUGGCUGCCGAUGCUGAAAACGGCCAACAUUCCAGAAGUGACGAAUUGGCCAUGGCUGUGGCCACGGAAAAGGAAGCGAUAUCCGAAGAAAAUUCAGCUGCUCCGUCGCUUGUACCAACUACUACUGAAGCAGCUAGAGGGUCUUGGCUCGGUUCGUUGCUUGGCAAGGGCUAUCUGUUGCCGAUACGUCAAUCUACCGACGAAGUUAGCCAUCCGACUGAGCUGAUGGAAACGCCCGAACCAGAGUCUACUUCUACAAGCUCGUUGAACAAUUCUGAAGAACACACGGAUCACGCCUCAGUGGAAUUCAGGGAAGGAGAACUUUCCAUUCCAGAUGAGACAAUCGAGGAGAUUCUUGAGGGAACACUACAACCAGAAGACGAGGACGUUGUUGGUCUUAUCACCGUCGAUAAGAUAGAAGAAGCUAUCCCAGCGCCAGUAUCUGGCCAAGAGAUGUCGACAAACUCAUCAAUGAUUCAUGGAAUGACUACGGAACGAUCGUCGCCCGGAUCUUCUCGAGAAGAAGAUCAACAUUCCAAAAAUGAUGAAUUGACCACAGAUCUAAAGCUUAACACAGGAGCGGAAGCGAUCUCCGAAGAAAAUCUAGGAAGAGAAGAGCACAUAGCACAGUUACCGUUUGUAUCAACUACGACAGAAGCAGCCAGGAAAUCCUGGCUUGGUUCUUUGUUUGGAAAGGGCUAUCUGUUGCCGAUAGGUCAAACCACCGACGAAGUUAGUCAACCGCCGGGACUUGUUGAAGCGAUGCCGGAUGAAGACAACAAGCGAGGUAACCCAAGCGUCGAGGAAGUCGUUAACGUCCAGCCUGCGGAAAGUACAAGCAACCGAACGAGUGCGGUAUCUGCAGUGUAUAACUCAGUAGCGUCUUGGCUAAGGAAGAGUCCUGAACAGCAGAAGGUAGCCGCGGAAGAUCAAGCUGAGGUCGAUGAUGAGAAGGCCCGAGAGCUUUCGGUUGACGAGCCUGAUGCAGAUGAACAACCCAUCUUGACUAAUGCAACAUUUGACUCCGACGUACGUGGUUUCAUCAGGAACGAAAUAACCGAAGUUUUGACCUCACUGGAGGAAACCAACGGGUUCACCGAUCUAAAGGAACACAUUCUCGACCAGGAUGUAGAUCAGCUGGUGGAGUCGCUAAGCGACGUACAAACGGGCGUUAGAUGGACCGAGAUGAUCAGUGGCCUGCAGAAGUUGGUGGCAGACAAGCAGUUGGACAACGGCGAACGGAUCGUGGAUGCGUUAGCACAAUGGAAGAAGAGUGAGGAUGAGCAGGUUGAUGAUGACGGGUACUUUGAGAGAGUCUAUGGAGUUGGUAACGACGCGGAAGGUCGAGGAUUGGACGUUGAAGAAAACAUUGACUCGGUGUCGAUUCAGGAAAGCGCUACAGAUGAUCACACCAACAAUGAAACAACAGUGAUCCACAGCAACGUCAGUACCAGCACUGACAGCACGCUGAUUGACAACGAGAAUGAAAGGCAAGAAGUUGGCCGGUCUACUGAAGAACCUUCAGUAGAAGGAACUUCCAAUUCAAAAAGUACCCUACCAGAAGACGAAAUCUCAGAAAAACUGGGGAAAACUACGCCCCAGCCAUUUCGUGCCGAUGAAACGUAACUUUUGGCGAUGGAUUGAAUUGGCGAUCGCGAAAACCUUCCAAGGGCUAGAACGUUAAAUGACCAAUGUUCA